GCAAUCUGUUCUGCAAAUUUGUUGCGGCAGAGCAGCUAGGGUUUUGCAGGGGUUUUGAAGGGCGGCAAACAGCAUAAAGGUUUAGUUCAAUGGCAUUACCUGGUAAAGAAUCAACCUUGCUUGAAGAGGAUGUAAUGGAAGAUGAUUUUACUGAGUCGGAGUCAGAGUCUGAAUCAGGAGAGGAAGAAGGAGGUAUCAAAUUGGCUGAACCUUCAAAGAAUGCUAUAUUUAACAGAGAGGGUCUGAUUGAGAAACUUCAAGACAUGAGCUGGCCAGAGAAUGUUGAAUGGAUACACAGGCUCUCGAUUGAUAUUGAUCAAGAGAAAGAGGUUGAUGUAAAUGAUGAUCUGGCAAGAGAGCUGGCUUUCUAUACACAGGCAUUGGAGGGAACAAGGCAGGCCUUUGAGAAUCUUCAGUCGAUGGGGCUGCCUUUUCUUAGACCUUCUGACUAUUAUGCAGAGAUGGUUAAGUCAGAUACCCACAUGGAGAAGGUCAAGGGUCGGCUCUUGGCUGAAAAGAAGAAGAUUGAGGAGGCUGAGGAGAGGAAGAAGGCUAGGGAAGCCAAGAGACUUGCUAAAGAGAUUCAAGCUGAGAAGUUGAAGGAGAGAGCUAAGCAGAAAAAACAAGAGAUUGAAGCUGUUAAGAAGUGGAGGAAGCAGAGGCAGAGGAGUGGUUUCCCUGAGGCUGGCAAAGACAGUGAGCUGGAUUUCGCCUUUGAAGAUGGAAAAGCGUUUGAGAGGUCAAACAAAAAACGGCCAGGGGUUGCGCCUGGGGAUCGUUCUGGGGGGAAAGCACAGCAUGGUGGUGGUGGUGGUGGUAAGGGGAAGAAAGGUAAAAAUAGGGACUUUAGGAAUUCCAAGUUUGGAUUUGGAGGGAGGAAAGGUUUGAAUAAGCAGAACUCUGCUGAAACCACAAAUGAUUUGAGAGGCUUCAAUCAAGGUGGUGCUGCUGGAAACAAGAAAAGGAAGAGGUAACUCAGACCUAGCUAGGAUUUCUGCUUCUCCCAUGUACUUUAAUUCAUUGUUUAUCUUCAAGUAAAAGCAUUACUCUCUAGUCUUCCAAUUGACUAAUAUCAAUUUUCAAGGCCAUAAUUUUGCCAGUGUGAGUUUAUAAUUAGAGAAAUUAGAAUCAUAUUUCUAGUGCUUAUUUUUGUUGUUGCUGGUAAAUUAAGAUCAUUUUGUUUGUAAUGAAGCCAGAAGCCUAGC